AUGGUUCGUAAUAGCUGGUCUGAGAAGCGCGCCGAUGCCGACGACAUGGUCCGCAACAGUUGGUCCGAGAAGCGCGCUGAUGCCGACGAUAUGGUUCGCAACAGCUGGUCAGAGAAGCGCGCCGAUGCCGACGAUAUGGUUCGCAACAGCUGGUCAGAGAAGCGUGCCGAUGCCGACGAUAUGGUUCGCAACAGCUGGUCAGAGAAGCGUGCCGACGCCGACGACAUGGUUCGCAACAGCUGGUCAGAGAAGCGUGCCGACGCCGACGACAUGGUGCGGAAUAGCUGGUCUGAAUAA